CAGCGUCCCUCGCUCUAUGACGCAUGGUGACGUUUCCUCCAGCCUCGUUCUGACAGACAGGUGAACGAACGGGGCGACGACGCCAUGUUGAGCGAAAACGGAAGUGUAUUCCUCUGCUGUUAAAAACAUCUUUUGAAUUUUUGUCAAGAGGAACCGGACACUUUAGAAGUAAAAAGCUACCCAGAAGGCAACUGAACUGAAUUCUUCUUUUAUUUACGCGUCAGUUAGGGAACAUCCUCUCUGUGGGACUGUUUUAGUGCAGCUUAACACUGACUGACAGCGUCAAAUCACUUCACGGUGGUUGAUCGUAAGUUAUAGAUCGGGACUUGAAGAUGCCGCUGGCGCAGUUUGCAGACCCCUGGCAGAAGUUGCCGGUGGGGCAUAUGGAGAAUGAGGAUGACUCCAUGGUGGAUGAUGAUGCUUCUGUUCAAGAUGAAGGCUUGGUCAAGGAAAUCAGCAUCACUCACCAUGUCAAGGAAGGCUCGGAAAAAGCAGACACACAACAGUUUGAACUCUGCAAGGUGCUGGGCCAGGGCUCUUUUGGCAAGGUGUUUCUGGUCAAGAAGAUAACUGGGCCCGAUGCAGGACAGCUCUAUGCUAUGAAAGUGCUAAAGAAAGCUACGCUGAAAGUACGAGAUCGAAUGCGUACAAAGUUGGAGAGAGACAUCCUAGUUGAGGUCAAUCAUCCUUUUAUUGUUAAACUGCACUAUGCGUUUCAGACAGAAGGCAAACUCUAUCUGAUUCUGGACUUUCUCAGAGGAGGAGAUCUCUUCACUCGCCUGUCCAAAGAGGUGAUGUUUACAGAGGAAGAUGUAAAGUUCUACCUUGCAGAGCUGGCUUUGGCCUUGGACCAUUUACAUGGACUGGGAAUCAUCUACAGAGAUCUCAAACCAGAAAAUAUUCUUUUGGAUAAUGAUGGACACAUCAAACUUACAGACUUUGGGUUGAGUAAAGAGUCCAUUGAUGAUGAGAACAAGGCAUAUUCGUUCUGUGGUACGGUGGAAUAUAUGGCUCCAGAGGUUGUCAACCGCAGAGGUCACACUCACAGUGCUGAUUGGUGGUCCUACGGUGUGCUAAUGUUUGAAAUGCUGACUGGAACGCUUCCAUUCCAAGGGAAAGAUCGAAAAGAGACCAUGACAAUGAUCUUAAAGGCAAAGCUGGGCAUGCCCCAGUUUCUUAGCCCAGAGGCCCAAUCUCUGCUCCGCAAUUUGUUCAAGAGGAAUCCCAACAACCGCUUGGGAGCUGGGCCUGAUGGAGUAGAAGAGAUCAAAAGACAUUCAUUCUUCAGCACCAUUGACUGGAAUAAAUUAUAUAGAAAGGAAGUGUAUCCUCCCUUUAAACCGGUCAUCCAGAGGCCAGAUGACACAUUGUACUUUGACUCAGAGUUCACUGCCAAAACCCCACGAGAUUCUCCUGGUGUCCCUCCAAGUGCCAAUGCCCAUCAGCUCUUCCGAGGGUUUAGCUUUGUUGCCUCUGGAGUAGAAGAGGAGAGCCAGCCGCCCAUUCAGAGCAACCUCAACAUGAGCAGCAUACUGCAGCAACCCCACCGGAGCACGCUUCAGUUCACAGAUGUAUAUGAUGUUAAAGAAGACAUUGGCGUGGGCUCCUAUUCCAUCUGCAAGCGCUGUGUGCACAAGAGCACAGGCGUGGACUAUGCAGUCAAGAUUAUCAGUAAGGAUAGGAGAGAUCCAGCAGAGGAGGUUGAGAUUCUGCUGCGUUAUGGACAACAUCCCAACAUCAUCACUCUGAAAGAUGUGUUUGAUGAUGGGCUGUCGGUGUACCUGGUCACAGAGUUGUUGAAAGGCGGAGAACUACUGGAUAAAAUCCUCCGACAAAAGUUUUUCUCUGAGAGAGAGGCCAGUGCUGUCCUGCACACCAUUACAAAGACUGUUGAAUAUCUGCAUGCCCAAGGGGUAGUACACAGAGACCUAAAGCCCAGUAAUAUACUGUAUGUGGAUGAAUCGGGCAACCCAGAAUCAAUCAGGAUCUGUGAUUUUGGUUUUGCCAAACAACUCAGAGCAGAAAAUGGACUGCUGAUGACACCAUGCUACACUGCUAACUUUGUUGCUCCAGAGGUCCUGAAGAAGCAAGGCUAUGAUGCAGCUUGUGAUAUCUGGAGUCUUGGAGUUCUCCUUUAUACCAUGCUUACAGGGUUCACUCCAUUUGCUAAUGGCCCGGAAGAUACGCCGGAAGAGAUUCUGGCUCGGAUCGGCAGUGGGAAAUUCUCCCUCUCUGGAGGAUAUUGGAAUUCUGUAUCGUUUGAGGCUAAGGACCUGGUAUCAAAGAUGCUUCAUGUUGAUCCUCAUAAGAGAUUGACUGCUGCUCAAGUUCUUCGUCACCCAUGGAUAGUCAACAAGGACCAGCUACCAAAAUACCAACUCAACCGCCAUGACGCGCCUCAUCUAGUGAAGGGAGCAAUGGCAGCCACCUAUUCAGCCUUAAACAGAAAUGUUUCUGCUGUACUGGAGCCCGUGGGUUGCUCCACACUCGCUCAGCGCCGUGGUGUCAAAAAGCUGACCUCUACUGCCCUGUGACCACUCAGAUCUAACCCUAAACUACUGUCGUCAUGGAAUGGCAGCCCAAACCAAAAAAAACAACACUUUUUUUUAGUUCUUGUCAUUCAUCAUCUCUACUUCAUCAUGUAAAAUAUUAUAGAAAGCUCUUAGGAGAAUAUUAAAUUCAUGUACAAUUGUUUUAUGAAAAUACCCUUGAAAUGUACUUCAUAUGGAAUUAUAUAUGAAUAUAAAAGUAUUUCCGUCAGUCUGUGUAGAGAUAAGGUGUAUGAUGUUAAGAGACUGUGAUACACCGUUUGUUUUCUGUAUUGUGUGGUAAUGAUGCCAUGUCUGGCGACUGCAUGGAACUGUACUAUUGCUAGCGUCAUUAUCUGAUCAUAACUGUGCCCAUCCUCUUCAAGACAGACCUCACAUGCUGAAAUGGCCUACUCAUUUCCUUUUAAAAGAAAGAGCUGCCAGUCAGUAAUGCCACUAUAUGCAACUUCAGAUGGUGUUUAAACAUGGUGCAGUGUUGAAACCAUUUGUGAAAUCAAAGAGAACUAUGCAAGUAAAUGUACAAUCAUCAUUGCAUGUCCCUAGAAAUGUAGUGUGUUUGUCACAAACCAAGUAUUUUGUGUUGAUAUAGUGUUUUAAUUGGGCAAAGUGGUCCAAAAACCCUUUGUCAUGCACAUGUGUCUUAAAGGGCAUCUGAUUAGCAAAAAAAGCAAUCCAAAUAGUGACCUCAUCCUUCAAAUCUUCUUCCUCUCCAGCAGACCAAUACCCUUCAUAUAAGAGCUAAUCAUCAGAACUUGUAUAAUUAUCUUUCAUAAUGGAUAUGGUAACAUUACAUAGGAGCUGAUGUUAUAUGGCUAUAUAAUGGCAGGUGUUUUGUUUUUUUUUACUGGGAAUGACCAGUAUACUGCUGUCUUACUCUAAAGUGAUUCGUAACACUCCACUGUUUGUAUUUCUUUGUUCAUUCUCUUCAUGAAAUUAAAGGGAUAUAUGCAGGCUAUAUUAACCAAGAUUGUUCCAAUUUUCUCAAUCAUAAUUUUAAAGACUAUUCAGAAUGUAUUAUUUUUAUACUGGGGGAUGAACUGUUAUUUUUUUUAAUGUUAAUGUAUAUGUAUGACUAUGUGAGGCUACAUGUUUGGUGAGAGUCUGGCCACAGGCGGCGUCCUCUUGUUCUGGAAUUAAUUUACAUGAAUUAGUCAAACUUCUCCUUUUUUUUUGUUGCUGCUGUAUUUUAAUAAUAACAGUGCAAGUGAGAAAUAUGUCCUAGUGGUCUCUCCUGGCCUCUAUUAUAUAUCACUGGCCAUGUAUUUUUUUUCCCAGCACAUUUGUACUUGGGAGAGCAGGUUUUUAUUCCUGUGUUAAAAUUAAUGUUUCUGAUUAAGUAAAAUAAAUAUUGCAAAACAGUUUUUUGUUUUUCUUAGAAUUACUCAUCAGCAUUGAAACCUUGAAAAUGUAUUGUCCUCAAUGAACAUGUUCUGGCGCUUUGUAUUCCAAUGAAAUUGUGUCUGAGACUAUAAAUAAAGUUUUUAUGUAAAAUCA